ACCUGGAGGAAGCCAGACAGAAACUUCUACCAGUCUGGAAAGAGGAAGCAAAAGGAAAACAAAAGGAAAGCCAGAGGAACGGAGAAAGAAAAGGAGCUUGCGCUUGGAUUGCCCCUUCUCAAACACGAGGCAGCUGUUUUCAGUCAGAGUGGAUUUGAUAUAUAAUCUGGAAACGUUUACAGAUCCUUCAGUUUGUUUCUCUGCCUUUUGGCAUGACAAAGGUGUGAGUCAGAGAAGUGGGACGGUCAGAGCACUGGGAGGAGCUGCAGUGGUCUCCGUGUAUGGACUCCAACUCUGUUCAUAUGGUAAAAAAGGGUCACAUGGGGCAAUAGUCUUGGGAGCCGUGGGGUUGAGGGAGGAGGAGGGAGGGAAGGGAAAAAGGAGAGAGUAAAGAAUAUACAUGCUGCAGGACUUUGGCCUGCCUCAUGCACAGGAGGCAGCGGCACUUCCCCCCUGAGCUUAGAGGACACUGGAUCUCAUAACAAAGAGGAAUGGAACCAAAGAUUCAGAGCGAGUGCCAUGUUGAGGUCAAGCCAAAGCUCUAACUGCCUUGAUUUCACUUGCUAUGGAUGGUUUUUUUUGUGUUUUUUUGUCUCUUCCCUGUGGUGGUUAAAGUGGCACAACACAAAGUGCCUUCCCUGGACAACCUCUUUCAAACUAUCUUCCAGACAACUGAGUAGUCAAGAUGCCCACCAACUUCACCGUAGUGCCCGUGGAGGAUGCAGAGGGCAGCAGCGGCGGCAACAGCAGCAGCAGCGCGGCGGCGGCGGCUGGAGGCAGCAGACCUGUCAGUUUGGGAAAAAUCUUCAGAGCGGAAGAAGAUGACGACAACUCACAAGGACCUCACUCAGGACAUGACAGUCAGAGAGAGUCCAUUCCCUUCAUCAACACAGACGAUGACAGAGAACAUUAUUAUGAAGGCAAGAACAUGGCCUUGUUUGAGGAGGAAAUGGACAGUAACCCGAUGGUGUCAUCUCUCCUCAACAAGCUGGCCAACUACACCAACCUGACCCAGGGCGUUCGAGAGCACGAGGAGGCCGAGUACGAGGAUGGGGUCAGGAGGGUCGCUGUCGUGGUGCCCCAGAUGGGAACCUUCAUCGGCGUCUACCUGCCCUGCAUGCAGAACAUCCUGGGCGUGAUCCUCUUCCUGCGUCUCACCUGGAUCGUGGGCACAGCGGGAAUCCUGGGCUCCUUCGCCAUCGUCUCCAUGUGCUGCAUCUGCACCUUGCUCACAGCCAUAUCAAUGAGUGCCAUAGCAACCAACGGAGUGGUCCCAGCCGGCGGCUCGUACUACAUGAUCUCCAGAUCUCUGGGGCCCGAGUUUGGAGGAGCGGUGGGUCUCUGUUUCUACCUGGGAACCACCUUCGCUGGAUCCAUGUACAUACUGGGCACCAUAGAGAUUCUGCUGAUCUACAUCGCUCCGAAGGCACCGAUGCUUGAAGAACUGUCCAACAAUAUGCGCGUCUAUGGCACAUGCUGCCUGCUCCUGAUGGCUCUGGUAGUGUUUGUAGGGGUGAAGUAUGUGAACAAACUGUCUCUGGUGUUUCUGGCCUGGGUGGUUCUCUCGAUCUUGGCCACUUACGCAGGAGUCAUCAAGACGAUCAUUGAACCACCAGAGAUUAACGCCUGUCUGUUGGGGAACCGAUCUCUGAAGAACUACUUGUUUAAGACGUGCGCCAAGACGGUGGUUGUGCAAAACGUCACGGCGUUCACGGAGCUGUGGAGCAUCUUCUGUGAAAGCGACUAUUCCAACGCGACCUGUGAUGAAUACUUCACCCUCAACAACCUGACGGAGAUACAGGCCAUACCUGGGCUCCUGAGUGGAGUUAUCAAUGACAACCUGUGGGGCGAAUAUGGUCCAGCUAAUACCAACAUAGAGAAGAAAAGCCAGCCUUCAGUGCAAGCCCAGGACUCGUCCGGGGACAUGUCCAUGCCUUACGUCUCCAAUGACAUCGCCACCUACUUCACUCUGCUGGUGGGAAUAUACUUCCCCUCCGUCACAGGUAUCAUGGCCGGUUCCAAUAGGUCUGGUGAUCUCAGAGACGCCCAGAGGUCCAUCCCAAUAGGAACCAUAAUGGCCAUUCUCACCACCUCGUUCAUCUACAUCUCCUUUGUGGUCUUGUUUGGAGCCUGUAUUGAAGGAGUGGUGCUGAGAGACAAGUUUGGUUACUCCGUGAAUAAGACCCCGGUGAUUGGCAUUCUGGCCUGGCCGUCGCCCUGGGUGAUUGUGAUUGGCGCGUUUUUCUCCUGCUGCGGGGCGGGGCUUCAGAGCCUCACUGGCGCCCCCCGGCUGUUGCAGGCCAUCGCUCGGGAUGGCAUCAUUCCGUUCUUGCAGGUGUUCGGUCAUGGGAAGGCUAACGGGGAGCCCACCUGGGCUCUGUUGCUGACAGUGGGGAUCUGUGAGAUAGGGAUCCUCAUUGCUUCUCUGGAUGCCGUGGCCCCCAUCCUCUCCAUGUUUUUCCUCAUGUGCUAUCUGUUUGUUAACCUGGCCUGUGCUGUCCAGACUUUGCUCCGCACCCCCAACUGGAGACCUCGCUUCAAGUUCUAUCACUGGACCCUGUCCUUCUUAGGGAUGAGCCUGUGUCUCUCUCUCAUGUUCAUCUCCUCCUGGUACUACGCCCUGGUCGCCAUGGUGAUAGCCGGUUGUCUCUACAAGUACAUUGAGUACAGAGGGGCAGUGAAGGAAUGGGGGGAUGGGAUCAGAGGUCUGUCCCUGAAUGCAGCACGCUACGCUCUCAUCCGCCUGGAGGAAGUGCCGCUCCACACCAAAAACUGGAGGCCUCAGCUGCUGGUGUUGUGUAAGUUGGACUCCGACCUGGGGGUGAAGCACCCUCGCCUCCUGUCAUUCACGACGCAGCUCAAAGCGGGGAAGGGACUGACCAUCGUCAGCUCGGUCCUGGAGGGAACCUUCAUGACCCGGGGGAACGAAGCCAAGACGGGAGAGAAGAACUUGAAAGCGGCCAUGGCGGCAGAGAAGAUGAAGGGUUUCUCCCACGUGGUGGUGUCCUCCAACCUGCGAGACGGCUUCUCCCUGCUCAUCCAGUCAGCGGGAUUGGGAGGUAUGAAACACAAUGCCGUCCUGAUGGCCUGGCCGGCCGGCUGGAGUGAGCACCGGGACGCCUCCGCGAGGAGGAACUUCAUAGAAACGGUGAGAGAGACGACGGCGGCCCAUCAGGCUCUGCUGGUUGCCAAGAACAUCGACCAUUUCCCUGGCAACCAGGAUCGUCUGAAGGAGGGAACCAUCGACGUGUGGUGGAUCGUACACGAUGGUGGACUGCUCAUGCUGCUGCCGUUUCUACUUAGUCAACACAAGGUGUGGAGGAAAUGUAAAAUGCGAAUCUUCACGGUGGCCCAUAUGGAGGACAACUCCAUCCAGAUGAAGAAAGACCUCCAGAUGUUUCUCUACCACCUACGUCUGGAUGCUGUGGUGGAGGUGGUGGAAAUGCAUGAAAGCGACAUCUCAGCCUUCACCUAUGAGAAGACCCUGGUGAUGGAGCAGAGGUCUCAACUGCUCAAACAGAUGCAGCUGUCCCGCACCGAGAGGGAGAGAGAGGCCCAGCUGAUCCACGAUCGGAAUACCGCGUCUCAUUCCGCAACAAAUGACCGAGAUGCAGGCGCCCCGCCGGAUCGCGUCCACAUGACCUGGACCAAAGACAAACUGGUCAACGAGAGGAACAGACACAGAGAAGGCAUGGGGGUUAAAGACAUCUUCAACAUGAGGCCCAACCAGUCCAACGUGCGGAGAAUGCACACAGCUGUGAAGCUGAACGAGGUGGUGCUCAAGAAGUCCUGCGACUCGCAGCUGGUCUUGCUCAACAUGCCGGGCCCGCCGAAGAACAAGAAAGGGGACAGCAAUUAUAUGGAGUUCCUGGAGGUCCUGAUGGAGGGCCUGGACCGCGUCCUGUUGGUUCGUGGAGGGGGUCGGGAGGUCAUCACCAUCUACUCAUAGCACCAAGAGGUUCCGAAUCCUUUUGGAUGUAAACACUGUUGGGCAGUGGAACCCCAGAGGACAGGGUGUUGGCGGAGGGAGAAGGCCGGACUUUGAGAUGCAUGAUGGGCAAAGAUGUUGGACAGAGGAAGUACAGUACACUGCCUCUCACUCUGUCGGGGGGUUGAGGGGAAAGGAGGCCCGUGAUCUACCUGCAGCACAGCCUGAGCUCAGUGCAGUGUCCGGGGCAACAGAGGGCUCUCUGCACCCCUUCGUCCUGGGGCUCGUCCUCUGACUCUAUACACUGUAAAAUGACUACUGUGUGGUUGCACUGCGGAGAUGUUCUUUCCUCAGGAGAAGUGUGUUUUCCUUUUAAGCAUUCCACUGAUUGUUGUAGCUGCUUACAGGCUCAUCGGCUCCAACGAAGGUUGCAAACGUAGUGCCUUUUUAUUUAUCUCAGUACCGUUGAUGGAACCUUUCAUCGAUGUAUGACAAGAGCCGACUUUCCAGUUGGUCAUGUUUUUAAGCCAUUAUAUUCGGUGCGUUUGCCUCAUGUCACUGCAUCAGAAGCCAAAAUGCCAUUGAUCACUAUGAGAACAGUUCAAGGGCAAACUUGAUUGAUUGUAAUCCGUAGAUUGUCUUUGACAUUGCUUAAGGAGCAGGUGAGAAUGCAAGGGGAGGGAUUUUAGUGCAUUUUUAGUUGAGUUAACAAUGUAUCUGACUGUAUUGUUUGUUUUGGUGCAGAAUGUUAAGGCGUGUGCGUGAGUACACAGGGUUAAAGAAACGGAGCAACGUAGAGCCUAUAUUUCAUUGAAUAUUGCUAUUGUUUUUAAGUACAAUGUGUUGGUUCAACAAAAAAAAAAAAAAAAAAGAAUGUCCAGAAAUCUGACGAGGGAAGAGAGGAUUGCGGCCGCUAAUGGCGCCAUCACUUCAAUCACUUGCAACCGCAGAUAGCGGUUUGAUUCACAAACAAUAUGCUGAUGAUAUCACAGCUCAAACACACCCAUAAAGUGUUGCAGUUGAGUUCUAUUAGCCCUUUCAUUGCAUCUGAUUGCAAUUAUCCAUUUGGCAAAGUGUAAAUGUAUAUAGAUUUGCGGCAAUUAACUCUGCAGGCGGAACAAUGACAGAGAGACAAAUUAAAUGUUCAGGCGGCGAGCGAGAGGACCGGACCGCCGAGGGCCAGAGGCAGUCCUCUGAACCUGAGGUGGGGAAUUUAUACCCUCAUUUGGGAUAUAAUGCACAUCUUCAGGCUGUAAAAGAAGAUGGCGUUAUGCGUCAGUGGAAAGUCUGGAUGUGACAACUCUUGUAAAUGCGCUUCAUAUGCUGCCAACUCUCUGAGGUCGCUAAUAAUUUCACUUUAACUGCGAAUAUGACGUAUGUUUGCAGGCCAACCCCCCCGGAAGCUUCACACUGAUCCCUGAAUAAAUAGCCAAUGGGAAUUAUUUCCAUUGGAAAUUCAGAUUUUUGCAGAAUAGUUUGUUGAAGUUUACGAUACAGACUUUUUAGUUCGGCAAGAUAAUCUUCCCAAAUGAGUACCACUUUGUUGAUUUCUGUGCCCAAAUGUAUGCAUAUUACUUAAUUUAAAAAUGUGAACGUAGCACUGAUCCGCUAUUUGCUCGACAGCGCAGUAAGGGGUGGAUUUGAGAAGUUGAUAUUUUCUUAUUUGUGCAGGUUUAGCGGCCGCAAAAGCUGCGGAAUCCCUUCGUGAAUUCACCCCUCGAGUCUUUAGUCGAGUUGUUUUUCGUACCUUUCCGGUGUCCCCGUAGAGGGACGGCAUCAACAAAAGUCCUCGAUGCUUUGGCGCCGAGAAGUCUGCUGCUUUUAAAUACGUCUUCUGGGUGAUAUCCUGACACAGUACUGGAAUAUAAACUGAAAUGGAGACUGCAAAGCGAACUUCCUCUAACUAGGAAGCUGGGUUUUCCACCAUAUAAUGAGAUUCUGUACUCUGCCGUUAACAGCAUCAACAACAAAUCCUGACAACGGAUUAUACACUGUGUUCAUCUCUAUCUGUACAUAAGGCACCAUUUGUGCAUGUAAACAAUUGAGUCUGUUUAUUCAGACAAACUCCCAUAACAUGGCAUGAAAGAUGCAGACACACGCAUUAAAGAGGCGUGAAAACGUCAAAGCAGGAAGUUGGGAGACAAAGGAAAUGAAGCUGGAUGAGUGUUUGGUCAGAUUUAGAUCACUGUGAUUAUUAUUAUUAGAAUGUUUCAAUUCAAUUAAGUUUAUUUAGUUUAGCCCCAAAUCACAAAUGACUAAUCUGCCUCAGAGGGCUUUACAAUCUGUACACAUACAACAUCCCUGUCCCAGGACCUCACAUCGGAUCAGGGAAAACUCCCCAAAAAAACGAUGAAUCAUUCAUCCUGGUAACUGAGACGUAAUGCAUCAAAACCUGAAUCCAAUUUAUUUUUCUUUCUAUAUUUGUAUCAAUCAUUAAAAUUCACUGAUUUCCUUAUGUGACAUAUAUCA